AUGCCUAAUUAUUUUAAUAGCCAAACUGUCAUUACUGCAUUCUUUUCUACAAGAAAGGGAUUGGAAAAAUUCAUUAUAAAAGAAUUGGAAGAAUUGAAUUCAUUUAGAUUCAAAUGUUCUCCCAUAUUAUCAGGUCCCACACCAACCUUAGCACAUUUUCGACUGAGGAAGCACAAAGAAAACAAUUUGAUUAAAAUAGAGUUGCUUCCUGGAGGCGUUGAGAUCCACUGUACGUGGGAAUUUUUUGGGAUAGCUCUAAUUUCAAUUAGAUCAACAGAAAGUGUUUGGCUACGCAUUGGUCGUCCGUUCAGGUGCCAUUCUUCCACAGAUUUGCAAGAAAGGAUUAAAAAUUUACCCUGGAAUUAUUUCAUACCAACGUAUUGGAUUCCUAACAUUAAUAUUAGAUCAAUUUCCAACUUAUCAUCUCUUUGGAACAACAACGUCAUUAAAUCUUCAGUUAAGCAGGCAUUCACUACUAUAUCCGAUAUUCCAUUCAUUAGUGGCCAUUGCCUCUCUAUAGUUUUACAUAGAAACACGUGUUAUGUUUCUUUGCAAUGCUCUGGCCGUUUAUCCCCAAGACAUUUUUCAUUUUAUAAUUACGUUUAUUCUCCUCAAUUUGAGACAAAGACAGUACCAUAUUGGUCUCUCAAUGAAACCAUAAAAAGUGUCCGAAAUAAAUUUGAAGGGAUUCCUUAUUCAUACAAUUAUGCAUAUACAUUACCGUUUUUUUCAAAUAAACGAAAAGAUUCAUCAAAUGAUAAUUUAGAUAUCACCAAGGAGAACUUGUCACACUGGGAAAAUAAUAGGUCAAAAUAUGUUGAUUCAACAAAACUUUAUUCAGAUGACUCUACUGAUUAUAAUGAUAUAAUUACAGCGUGUGUUACUAGUAAGUUAAAUUUAAAUCUUCUCGUAAAGGAUCCCGAACCUCUAAUUAUUUGGGUCCCAUUUUGUGGCAACGGAAAUUUAGUAUUUGAGAUUGCUAGUUAUAUAUUAAAAUUACCUGUGAUAAAUAAUUCAUUAAAAGGAUUGCCUAUUACUGACUUUUCUUGCUUUAGCAACGAUUGGUUUCAUAAUUCUUGGGAUCAUUUCUCUAUUCGCAGAAAACAUAUCUCAAAAUUCAUUAAAACAACUAAAAUAGUUAUAAUAGGGACUGAUUUCCGUGAAUAUUUGCUUAAACAAGCUAAUAAUAAAAUUUUUGAUUUCUACAAUUAUUACAAUCUAUUCUUCAAAGGACAACCAAUAAUCAGUAAAACGGAUAAUAUACAUUCAAAUCAUUCAAGUUUAGAAUCAGAUUUAGGUAUUACUGUUGAUAUAUCCUUUCAUAACGCAAAAUUCCAACAGAUCAUCCCAUUUAUUAAAGGAGCUUUGGUUGUAAUAAAAAUUCCUCACAACAAUUUUAAUAAGCACCUUAAAAUAGAUAACAGUAUACUCUUACUUUACGAAAAACUUGGGAAUAUUAUAUCAUCUAGAUCAGAUUGGAAAGGAGUGUAUGCUUUAUCAAGGGGCCGCUUGUUUGAGCACUUUACUAGGUUGGAAUGGAUUACAUUGUUCGAAUCAUCAAAUUCAAAGGGAAAUAUUAUACGAUUUCAAAGAUGGUCUGGACGAAAAAAGAGCCUAUUUAAAUAUACUACAAAAUCUGAACGAGAUAUUUCACUAAAUCAAAUUGAUAUAUUUUAA